AUGUCAGGAUUCAUUAACAAGAUUGGGGAGACCCUUCAUGUGGGAGGGCACAAGAAAGAGGAGGAGCACAAAGGGGAGCACCAUGGUGGACAUAGUGAGUACAAAGGAGAGCACCAUGGUGAACACAAAGGGGAGCAACAUGGGUAUGGGGAGCACAAGCCAGAGCACCAUGGAGAAGAGCACAAAGAAGGGUUCAUAGAGAAGAUCAAGGACAAGAUCCACGGAGAAGGUGCUGAGGGCGAGAAGAAGAAGAAGGAGAAGAAGAAAAAGAAAGAAGGCCAUGAGCAUGGCCAUGACAGCAGCAGCAGCAGUGACAGUGAUUAG